AUGAACUGUGCAGUGAUUCUUCUAUUAACAUCAAGCUGCUUCGCCUGGUCUUCAGUGAUACAUACCCCCAACAGAGCAGAAUCCAAGAAACUAAAGUACCUCCUUGAGCCUCCUGUGUACGCUGAGGUUGUUGGCAGAAGGGGACAAAACGUCACCUUGCCGUGUAUCCUGAGAAUCAAACCUAGCCAUUACAAAGUGAAAUGGACAAAACUGGAGCCGGAACACGUAGGGACGGAGAACAUUAUCAUGAUUUUAAAUGCACAUGCUUUCAAGCCAUACGGCCAUCUUGGACAGCGGGCUUCUCUCCGGAAGGCUCACACCAUGGACGCAUCGCUACAGCUCAGCAGCCUUGAGCUGGAAGAUGGUGGCACGUAUCGCUGCGAGCUUGUCAAUGGCAUCGAAGAUGAGAGUGUUGUCAUUACUUUGAGGAUUGAAGGUGUGGUGUUUCCAUAUCAGAGUAAAAAUGGCCGCUACAGAUUCACUUUCCAUGAGGCUAAGGAGGCUUGUACUGAGCAAGAUGGCACAUUAGCCUCACUGACCCAGCUGUACAUAGCAUGGACUGAGGGUCUGGACUGGUGUAAUGCAGGCUGGCUCCAUGAUGGAACCGUUCAUUAUCCCAUUAUUCAUCCUCGACCUGCCUGUGGAGGAGAGCUGGUCCCUGGAAUUCGCAGUUAUGGACCAAAAGAUAAGAAUCACGAUCGGUUCGAUGCUUUCUGCUUUACUUCCCAGGCGUCUGGCUCUGUUUCCUACAUAUCGGGGGCGUUCUCUUUCGAGCAGGCAGGACAUGCAUGUAAACAUCAGGGAGCGGAGUUGGCGUUGGUGGGCCAGCUCUAUGCCGCCUGGCGUUUCCAAAACUAUGACCAGUGUGAUGGCGGAUGGCUGAAGGAUGGCAGCGUACGGUUUCCCAUCAAAAGCCCUCGGGAGCGCUGUGGGGGCAUCCCUGAAGCAGGGGUACGCUCAUUUGGAUUCCCCAACAAGGCGAUGCAUCUUUAUGGCGCCUACUGCUAUAGGUAG